AUGCUGCUGCUUGCUUGCCUGGCCUACCACUCUCCCAUACGGCCAUCGACGCCGCACGCCGCAGCCGCGCGCAUCGGCCGGCCACCUAUCGCUGUCGAUCCAACGCCGGAGUGGGCCGAUCGCGCUGACGAGCUGAUGCGAGAACUCGUUAAGGGCGGAUCGCGCCGGAUCGGCCCGUGGACCAUAAGCAGCGCGGCGGCGCUGGAGAAGGCGCAGGCUCAGGCGGCGGCGACGACCGACCGCGCACUGCGAGAGCGGGACGCCGCCUCGGACCGCGCAUCUGACGCGGACGCCGCCGCCGCCCAGGCGCAAGCCGAGGCGGCGGCGGCUCGAGCUGCGAAUUCGGCCAAGGAGGCUGCGGCGAGGGCGGCGGAGGAGGAGGCGGCGCGGGCGCUGACGGAGCGGGACGAGGCGGCGGAUCGUGCGGCGGCGGCGGAGCGGGCAGCGGCAGGAGCGCGCGAGAGGGCGCGUCUUGCAAAGGCCGAGCAGGCCGCGGCAGUGAUCCGCGCGAACGCGGACAAGUCGGCUGGGCUGCUGCGCGCGAACGCGCGCUUCCGCGAGCGGGCGCUUGGUGCGGAGUCGCAAGCGGCCAAGGCGGCGGCGGCGGCGGCGGAGGCGGAGGCGAGGGCAGAGGCCGAGGCGGCGGCGGCGGCGGAGGCUCAGGCGAGGGCGGCGGAGGCGGCGGCGGAGGCGGAGAGCGCGACGGCGACGGCGGCGGCGGAGGCGGAGGCGGCGGAGGCGGCGAGGGCGGAUCGCGAGGCGGCGGUGGCGGCGGCGGAGAAGGAGGUCGCUGCGGCGCUCGAGGCGCGCGCGGCGGAGAAGGAGCGAGCGGCGGCGGCGGAGGAGCGCGCCAAGGGCGUGUCGAUCGCGUUGGACAAGACGGAGGCGCGGCUGGCGGAGGCGCAGGCGGAGCUCGAGGAGGGGAUUAAGUACGCGUCCGAGCGGGUGGGCGAGCUGGACGACGCGCUCGAGUUUGCGCAGGACAACUUGCGCCGCAAGGAGAGGGAGCUGGCGGAGCAGGCGGACGCGGCGGCGCGGGCGGAGAAGGAGGCGGCCAAGGCGCGCGCGCAGGCCGAGUACGACGCGGCGGUGGCGGCGAGGGAGGCGGCCGAGGCGAAGGCGAUCGCGGAGCUCGAAGCGAAGGCAGCGGCGAUCGCCAAGGCCGAGAAGGCGGCGUCGCGCGCCUUCUGGAUAAGACAAUUCGAGGACAUGUCUCGCACACGCGGCUGCGCUGGAGGCGGCAGGCGAGGAGGUGGCGAGGGCGCGCGAGGCGACCGAGGCGUCCACGCGGCGGGCGGUGGCGGCGGAGCAGGAGGCGGCCAGGCGGAGGCGGCGGCGGAGGCGGCGGCGACGGCCCCGCGGACCUCCAACGAGGAGAAGGAGGAGGCGGUGCAGUCUGCGAAUGUCGAGAAGCUGACUGCGAUCCGCACGGCGGAUGCUGAGGCGGCGGCGGCGCAGGAGGCGUCGAGCGAGGCGGCGCAGGCGCGUGACGCGGCGACAGUCCGAGCCGCGAUCGCGGAGUCCGCCGCCGCCGCCGCCUCGAGCAAGGCGCGGCGGGAGAGGGCGGAGAAGGAGGAGGCGGUGUCGCGAGCCACCUCUGCAGCGGCGGCCGCGCAGCAGGAGGCCGCGGCUGCGCUCGCCGCUCGCGACGCCGCCUCCGCGCGGGCGGCGUCGGCCGAGGCGGCGGCGCUGCGGGCGGAGGCGGCGGCGGCGGCGGCGGAUGCGGAGAAGGAGUCGGCGGUCAAGGCCGCGAACGCUGAGCGCGCGGAGGCGCAGCGCGACGCAGCGCUUGCGCUCGAGGCCCGCGACCAGUCGACGGCUUGGGCCGAGACAGCGACUAGCUCGGCGGUGGCGGCGGCCAAGGAGCUGUCCGCGGCGCUGGCGGCGCGCAAGGAGGUGGAGAGGGAGGUGGAGAGGGGGAUCGAGGCGCGCGACGAGGAGGCCGCCCGCGCGGAGUCGGCGACGAGCUCGACGCUGGCCGCGGCCAAGGAGCUCUCGCUCGCGUUUGCGGCUCGCAGGGUGGCCGAGGCGCGCGCGGCGGCGGCGGAGUUGGCGGCGCGGCAGACCGAGCGGCGGCACGCGAGCGACCUCAGGCGCGUGGUCGACAUCUGCGCCGCCGCGUCGGCGGCCGGCGAGGCGUCGUCGCACACGGAGCUGAUUGGCGAGCUCUGCGCGGCGGCGCUGGCGCGGGUGGCCGGCUCGGGCGAGGGCGACGCGGAGGGGGCGGGAGGCGGCGGCGUGGCGGCUGGAGGCGGCGGCGUGGCGGCUGGCGGCGGCGGCGUGGCGGAGGGGGCGGAGGGGGAGGGGGGCGGAGCGACGGAGGGGGUGGCCGGCCUAGACUUGUCCACGCUAAAGGUCACGGAGCUGAAGGGGCGGCUGGCUGCGCAGGGGCUGCCGACGGCGGGGAGGAAGGAGGAGCUCGUCGCGCGGCUGCGGGCGGCGGCCGAGGGUGAGGGGCACCACGUGACGCCGGAGGUGAGGGCGAGGUGA